AUGACCUCUACUCCAUACCGCGACUACCUUCGUCUCCUUGCUCAAUUGAACUUUCCAAUUAAGAAUUUAUCUCUCCCAGACUUACCCAUAUAUAUUCUUCGUUUUUCGGCUUUGCCUCUUAUUAGUUCUAUUUUUUUGAGACUUUUCGAAGCAACCGGCUUGAAAGGGGUCAACAUCAUUCUGGAUAACCAUAUUUCUCUCCUGGAAGCUAAAUUGAAACGUAUGGAGCAUGUUAUGACAAAUUCCGGACUCAGUGUGGAUGCUUCCCGCGAUGACAGACAGCCAUCCGAAGAGAUAAAUGAUCAAGCCGCAAUGUUGGAAAAGUUCUCUGCACUUAAUGUAAGUGACACCGGAGCUGAAGAGUUUUGGGGUGCCGCUUCUGGAUUUUCUAUAUUUUCUCCAAAAGGCCUUCAACUUAUCAGUAAAAUGACUGGAAACGACCAUUUUGCGAACUAUAUAUGUGCUACAAAACAUAUGAGAAUGACCCAAUACUCCGUCCCAGCGUCGCUAUGGUAUGCGAUGCCGGAUGACAAACACAAACCUCUUCCACCUAGGGAAAUUGCGGAUCAAAUUCUAGAAUGUAAUGAGGCUGAAAUAGAGCAAAGGCGUAACGUUUUCUGGAUUGCUAUCAUGGUCGAACGUGGUGUAGUCAUUCGUCACGGUCGCCCUUCGGUGAUUCAUGAUGAAGAUAUUGGAGUUGACUUACCUCCUGAUAGCCAAUAUCCGGGAGAGGCCGAUGGAAGAUUUGUUACGUUUCGCCAUAAUGCAAUCUUAUCUUUACUUCAGGGUCGAAUCUACAAUAGAUUGUAUUCCGCUAAAUCAUUUACAAAAUCCAAAACGGAGAGGUUAAAAAUAGUUGGGAUGCUAGAUGAUGAACUUCAACAAUGGUGUGAGACAAUCCCAGUUGAAGUUCGGCCGGGUUACCCCUUAAAAUGUGAUAAAAAUCAUAUUGUCACGGCCGUCUGCAUGCAAUGGGGAUAUUACCAAUGCGUUAAUACCAUUCACCGAGUAUCAUUGUAUUAUGGCCCAGGGUCGUUGGAUCUGGAUGAUAAAAUACCUGAAAGCGACUUCGAUCCUGACUUGAACCCACGAGUCAUUUUUAUUCACUACGCGCUUGCAGCAUGUGUCUCUCUUUUUGAACAUAUUCUUCAAUACCCUCUUGAUCCACAGGCACAAUACGAUAUCCAACUAAUGAAUGAUGUAAUAUCAUUUCUUUCUAGCUUCGAAGAUAAUGGCGCAGCCGAGAGCCAUCCGGCAGUCCCGAUAUUUCACGAGAUAAAUCGCGUCGCUGCUGAGCAUGUCAACAAGGCACAGCAUGAAGCCACACAAUAUACCAAAAGAUCACGAGAUUCAUCUCGUGAUGUCGAAGAACCAUAUACGGAAAGCGAUGAGUCGGAGGAGGAAGACUAUGAAGUAGAAGAGGAGCUAUGUAGUAAUAUCGUUGCUAAGGCCCGUGAUCCAGAAAAUUCGGUAUCACCUACAAACUCUACGAGAUCACAAAUGUCUCCUAUUCCCUCAGCACAACCACAAUCCGAUAUUCCACCUGAAAUGCGACAAUUUGAUCUUAACCCCUUGAACUACAAGUCAGAGCAUAUUCCUAUGUCUAUGCAACAAAGUUACAAUUUACAACCAACGACACAUGAUCCUUACCAAACUCCUUCCUUUUACGACCACCACACAAAUCUUCCUGAUCUAAACUAUCAACAUCACCUAGAUCACCCUGAAAACGACCAAAACCAACCUCGGUAUAUCUCACAGCUAAAAUCAGAGCCUCAAUCUUACCCUUCACACCCCAAUGUACAUACACCUCACCCGGCCACAGGCUUUUACUUUUCUUCUUCAGAACAACACCAACAGAAUAUAAAUCCAAAUCAAUCAGAAACAUAUACCAAUACAUUGAGAAAUCCAAACGCCGUUCCUCAAGAUCAAAUAGGUCCUACGGAAGAACGUCUGGUGCCGCAAGAUGAGGGUUGGUUUUAUCCAAUGAUGAGCCCAUGGCUAUAUGGAGAGCAGUCAGAUAGCAAUCUAAUCGUUGGAGCAGCUGAUGAGAAUGACGAUGUGGCAUGGAGAGGUGAGGGGAAUAAUGGGGAGAGAGGAGGAUUGGAUGGAUGGCGUGGUCAUGGGUGA